GGCUCCACCGCUCUCCUCGGGGGCCCCGCGUGUGUGUGUGAGUGUGUUUCUGUGUGUGCGCGUGUGUGUGUGAGAGAGGAAAAGAGAGAGGGGGGGAGAGAGAGAGAAAAAGAAAAAGAGCGAGAAACGUAGAAAGAAAGGGAUCUGGGCUGCAGUUUGGUUUAGAUCUGAGCAGAGAAGCAGGAGCGCUAUCCAGUCCCGGACUGAUCCACUCUCCGUGUAGUUUGAGCUCGCAUGGAUAUUUUUUUUUUUUUUUUUUUUUUUUUUUCUUUUUGGUUGGGAUUUAAAUAAUUGUUAAAAAAAAAAAGAAGUGCACUGACAUCUGAAGAAGACGGCAAGGACCCUGACUUCUGGUGCAUUUUCUUGGGAUUUAAUCGCAUCGAAGUACCUCAUGCUGUACGUGCCGGUGUAGAAAGUAGAUCAGAGGCUGUUCAAAGUCGGGAACUGUUUCAGGCUGCGAGUUGGGUCGAAGCUACUGGCUUUGGAUUAUGUUACUCAGUAUAUUAUGUUAUGUUAUUAUGUACUCUACUUUUUGUAUUCGCUCGUAACAAACACAAAAGCAGUCCAUUCCGCAGCGAUCCCGGAUAAUAAGGUUUGACUCGCUCGGUCGUUUACAGUGUGGUCGGCUGAAUGAAUGCCUUUUGAUCGGAAUGCUGAGGUGCGUUCAUUUCGCGAUUUUGUUGUAAAUGCAACAAAAUUGCCUUCACUCUUAAUGUUGCGCUUUUGCCACCAAUGCUCGUCAGUCGGCUGUGCAUGCACUGCACGGCACUUCACCCUCAUUAAUGUUUUGCAACGACCGGAGAAGUAUCUCUAAUUUUAGGAUAUCCGUACCACAAUAAUAACAAAAAAAAAAAAAAAAAAAAAAAAAACCCUUAUAGGUUUUCAAGUUGUCGUAUGUUCAGGACGAAACGCUCAGGUCUUGUGCGGCGACUCUGGAGAAGCCGUUUGAUCCCAGAUAAAGAAGGGGAAGAUGGAAAUGGCAAAACUAGUGAGGGCUGUAGGGACGAUCUGUUCGGCAACAACCCAGAAAAAAUUCCCAAAACGGAGUUCAGACCGAUGACCCCGAGCGUAUCUCUUGUAGGGGACAUAGGGGGGGUGUGCCCCGUGGAGAGCGGCGGCUUGGGGGUCACGUCGGACCAAGAUGGGGGUGCGGUGUGCGUCCACGAGCAGGGGAGCCCCCGCUCCAUACAGGACAGCGAGUGCAGGACAGUGACUUGCUGCUUAUUUAAAGACCGGGACCACUCCGAGCUUAGGGGUCCAGAGACGGCUCAGGGUACCGGGGAUCCAGGGUCGUGUCACUUCGUGCUGAGGAGCCUUGGACCUGGAGACGGCGGCUCUCCCGAGGCGCAGGAGGCGAUGCCACGCACGGUGUUAGAGCAGGAACUGAAAUCGGCCACGCACUCUCUGUUGAAACGGCUAAAGGAAAAGGCGCUGGAUACCUUGCUAGAGGCGGUGGAGUCCAGAGGAGGGAUGCCGAGCGACUGUGUUAUGAUUUCCCGGACGGAGCUGAGGUUGGGCGGCCAUGUGGCAUCCCCACAGCUGCUUGUGUGUAAACUGUACCGCUGGUCUGACCUCCAGCACUCGGCCCAGCUCAAACCGCUCUGUGAGUGUAAGAGCUUCGGGGCCCCCGACAGUCCAACAGUAUGCUGCAACCCCUAUCACUACAGUCGACUCUGUGGGCCAGAGUCACCCCCACCCCCUUAUUCGAGGCUUUCCCCUAAUGAAGAACACAAGCCACUGGAACCGUCAGACUCCACAUUGUCUUACACUGAAACCGAGGCAGCCAGCUCACCAAACAUCACGCCGGGGGAAUUUUCAGAUGCCAGUAUGUCACCAGACGCCCCGAAGCAUAGCCACUGGUGUAACGUGGCGUACUGGGAGCACCGCACUCGUGUGGGCCGCCUCUACACAGUGUACAAGCACUCCGUCAGCAUCUUCUAUGAUCUACCUCAGGGCACGGGCUUCUGCCUGGGCCAGCUCAACCUGGAGCACCGCAGCAGCACCGUUCAGCGCACACGAGGCAAAAUCGGCUACGGCAUCCUCCUCAGCAAAGAGCCGGACGGCGUCUGGGCGUACAACCGCAGCGAGCACCCCAUAUUUGUCAACUCCCCCACUCUGGACGUGCCCAACAGCAGAACUCUGGUGGUGCGAAAGGUGAUGCCAGGCUACUCCAUCAAGGUGUUUGACUAUGAGCGUUCGUGCCUGUUGAGGCACACCACGGAGGUCGACUACCUGGACGGACCCUACGACCCCAACAGUGUGCGCAUCAGCUUUGCUAAGGGCUGGGGCCCCUGCUACUCGAGACAGUUUAUCACCUCUUGCCCCUGCUGGCUGGAGAUCCUCCUCAACAACCAUAGAUAACACAGACGGACCCCACAAACUAUCCCAAAUAUCAUCUACCUAGAUUUAAUAUAAAGUUUUAUAUAUUAUAUGAAAUAUAUAUUAUACUUGUAAAUACGGAGUCAUUUUUACAAUGUAAUUAUUUAUGUAUGGUGCAAUGUGUAUAUGGACAAGAGGAAAAAAACGGAAAAUGCACUUUGGCUUAUAUAUAUUAUAUAUAUAAAUAUAUAAAUAUAUAUAAAAAUAAAGAAUCUUUCAAUACCAACUUGAGAAAUUAUACAGCAAAAUUAGGAUGAGCCUGGAUUUGGUGUAUAGUUUUCGUAUACUAUUAAUAUCCAGACAAAAAGCUAACACCAUUCACACAUUGAUAAUAAAGUAUUCGCAUAAUGAA